CUCCUCUCUCGUCUCGCGAUAGAGCGGCGGAGUGGUUUGACGGGCAGUCGAGGUUGCAGCAGGCAGAGAGAGACGGUGGAAGGUAAAGCAGGGAGGCAGCAUCAUGGCGGACAGAGACAGUGGCAGUGACCACGGAGGGCCCGCCGCGGGCCCCGGCUCGCUGCCCCCGGGCGCGAUGGGCGCCAUGGCCCGGCUGCAGCACGACACCGAGGAGCUCGCCUCCAAGCGCGUCGACAUCCAGAACAAGCGCUUCUACCUCGACGUGAAGCAGAACGUUAAAGGCCGCUUCCUAAAGAUAGCCGAGGUCGGCGCUGGGGGAAACAAGAGCCGCCUCACUCUCUCCAUGUCGGUCGCCGUGGAGUUCCGCGAUUACCUCGGGGACUUUAUCGAACACUACGCUCAGCUGGGCCCGACCAACCCGGACAUAGUGCAGGAUGAGCCCCGGCGGGCGCUCAAGAGCGAAUUCCUGGUGCGGGAGAAUCGGAAAUAUUACAUGGAUCUGAAAGAGAACCAGAGGGGGCGGUUCCUGAGGAUCCGGCAGACCGUUAAUCGGGGGCCCGGAUUGGGAAGCGCGCAAGGCCAGACCAUCGCUCUGCCCGCGCAGGGUCUCAUCGAGUUCCGCGACGCUCUGGCCAAACUCAUCGACGACUACGGCGUGGACGAGGAGCCGGCGGAGCUGCCGGAGGGCACCUCGCUCACGGUCGACAACAAGCGCUUCUUCUUCGACGUGGGCUCGAACAAGUACGGCGUGUUCAUGCGGGUGAGCGAGGUGAAGCCCACGUACCGCAACUCCAUCACGGUCCCGUGCAAAGUCUGGUCCAAAUUCGGCAACACCUUCUGCAAGUACGCGGAGGAGAUGAGGAAGAUCCAGGAGAGGAGUAGAGAGAAACGGGCCUCCGAACUGCUACCCGAGGGCCCGCACGGCGCAGACGAGGGCGACGACGACUGACGCGGAUUUGCCCGGGAGAGCCGAGAUGAGACGACUGACUUUAAACUGUAAAAUAGAAAGAGAAUUUCCAAGGGAAUCACCCCACACACACAACCUCCACAGACAAGGCAGCACCUCUUGCUGUCUCCUCGCUCAUUUUACUGGAUGACACCCCACUUACCACCCAUGUUACAGUAAGCCGCUGCUAUCAAGGAUCGAACUGUAAGAUAUGAACUGUUUCCUACUUGAUUCAAAUGACAAUGAACAGAGUGUUUAUAUCUCUUAUCAACGACAGAUUUUGCACACAUCAAAGCUAUUUCAAAAAAAAAAUAUCAAUGUUUAAAUGUUUUCAAACCGAUAAUAUACUAAAAAAUUGAAUCAAAAGUGAAACCAGAGGUCUAUAAUAUUAAAUGACAGCAGAACGACUAUUUGACAUCAGCACAAAGAUAAUAUAUGAUGAACUUUAUGAAACCAAAAUCAGAUACCAGAUGUAUAGUUUAUUAUAAAGGUACGCAGAAGAAAUAUGAAAUCGCUCUUAAAGUGUGUAUGAAUUGCAGAAGGCACUGCGGGCCUGUAAACACCUGUCAGCAUGCGUGUAGGCUCAUGUUUUGAAAAGAAGUUUGGCAAAGUACGCUCUAGUCUUUAAUUUGACCUGAAACGUAGUAGGCUAACAAAAAGCAUUUCUAUCACGCCAUUAUGGAAAGGGUGGAAAAAUCAACUAGCCUAUUGUGUGCACCUCAAACAAACGGGAUAAAUCUAUCUCUGAGCUACUAUAUUGAUAUCAACCCUCUUGCACCAUGUCCAUGUAAACGUAAAGAAAAAAAAAGUGCUAACUUAGAUGUACUAAUUAUGAUUUUGUGAAUCAGCUGUAAAAGAAAACCUUAUUAAGAUACCCACGUUUUCUGUGGGUUAAGUUUUUUCUUUGUUACUUUGUAGUUUUUUCCUCUGGGGGGGUGGUGGGGGAUGCAAAAGGGUAUGGUCCACUCAUGGGAUCGCAAGGCGCGAAAACAAAACAAACAGAAAAAGAUGCGCCAGCGCAGCGUGCGGCGAGGCAACGCAUCCUCUCUGACGUCAUUAUGACCCGUGCCUUAUACACUCCACUCGUUUACGUGUUCCUCACGUGGGAUGGUCCGUGACCUCGACCGCUGUACGUCUUCAUUUACGAGUGCUGUUAUGUAGGCCGAAAUAUAUUCUCAUCCUCGCUGCGGGAUUUACACCCCCGCAGUACAUGGCGCAUGGGUGGCAACGCCAAAAGUAAGGUGAAAGGCUGCUGGGAGCUUCGGGGGGGGGGGGGGGGGGGGGGGGGGGGGGGGGGGGGCAAUAGUGGUAGAGGGCAGAAACAAAGCUCCAAGCUGGAGCUUUGGAAAAGGGUGGAGGCUUCAGUGUGUUAUGGCACCCUGGAGCCCAGAAACCCUAGCAGAACUCCUGGCCGGGUGGCCUCUCAUAGAGUGGAGAUAUGUCUCCCAGGAACAGGAAGUGCCCUAAGAUGUACCCCCCCCCCCCCCCCCCGUGGCAGCGCUGGUUGUUGGCGUGGAGAUUCAUCUGGAGAUGUUACGGGUGGCUUUGCACACCAGAUGCACCAUGAUAUUAAAUAAAACAGCAAGAACAAGAAGAAAAAUCAAAAACCAGGAGCGACUGGAUGAGGUUAUUCGUCAGAGCUGAGAUGGAUCCUGUUAAAGAGCCAGGCAGUCAGCCAGCCAGGCAGGCCAGCCGGCCAGUCCCAUGCAGUCAGUCUGAGGGCAGUCCAGUGGAUGUAAAGGCCCAUCAGUGCAGGGCCAAGGCAGUAUCUAUCUCUUUAUGGUGCUACAGCCCCUCGAUCGCUCCCUAGGGGCCUCGCCGCUCCGAAUAUGUCACUUUUACAUUACCGUUAUUCUUAUUUUCCAUCAAAGUUCUGUUCUCCACAUUAUGUUGUCUGAAACGUGUCAGGUUUCUCCCUCCCUGGUAGAGAGGAGGCCAUUGACAGGUGUAGGAUAUUUCAUCUUAGUGUGCAAUAUUGUGUGCGUGCCAAUCGUGGCAUUGUAUCACGUGUAUAGACUAUUAAAAGACGAAAAACAAUGUGUAGGCUAUGUGAUCAGUAGAUAGCAUGACGAUGAGGUGGAUGCAUCCUCAUUAGAUUUCCGAAAUGUGAAGUUUUUCUUCUCAAGCACCUGCUCAAAGUGAAAAAGAAAAAAGAAAAAAAAAAGUCUGACUAGUAGUGAGGUAUUUUUCCUGUCACGUUCUGUAAACCGGUAGGCUGCCUUGUCUGUCUCUCUCGUGUUUUACGUCCCCCUACGCAGUCACCCCAGAGAAAAUAUUUUCCCUCCUCGUUCCUCCCCGAACACACGUCUGCAACAACCUUUGACUGUCUCCACGUCAGCCCCUCUCUGCAGUGGCCUGCGCUGAAGUUGAAUCGUAUCUCGGGGCUUGGGUCCAGGGGUGGCUGACAUACACACACACACACACACACACACACACACACACACCCACCCACAUACACAGUCUCCCCCUGUUGAGGCCUCUUGUUGCUAUCCGAGUGUUUGGGAGGCCUCGAAAGUAUUUUGAACGGUGUGUUGAACUGCACAAGGCCUGCUGUCAUUAGAAGCCAGGACACUGUGAGUUUGGAGGCUGAGUGGGACCCCUCUCUCGCCUGGGACUGCCGAUCGCAGGACAGGUGGGACGUCAGUUUGACUUUGACUUGUCUUCAGUUUCACUUGAAAUAGUGAUCGGCUGCAGCAAACCCCAAAGGACAGAGGCGUUUGUUGCUGUUUUUAAAAUGGGGAUUACAACUCCUCUCUGUGUGUUGUGGGCAGGCUCUGAUCUCUGGUCUGCUCCUUGGGAUUCACUGCGUACGAAAAGUCCUUGGCUUAUUUUCCAUGCAGCAGAACUGCAUGUCACAUUCAGACAACGCAAUCCAUUCCUUCUUUUUGACCUGGUCGACCUCUGGCCUUAGAUAGACAUGCUAGUUUCCAAUCAACAUGCUUCAAGUGGUUAUUUCGCCGAUCAGCUUCAUUCAUUUGGCAAAUAUGACUGAGUCUAGUCACAGGCCUGGUCAGAGUGGCGUGCCACCGAGCCGGUGUGAAGAGGAAACAGACUGCAUUGACUGCAGCUUUAGACACCUUAGCUGGAAACAAGCUGUGAGUGUAGCUGUAGCCUGGGUCUCCCACACAUGUGGGAUAGCUGAGGCUGGGGCUGAAGCAGAAUUACCCAAAGCACACCUGGGCUGAAAUGGUCUUAUUGAAUCCUCUAAAAGAUUCUAAGUUUUGAUCCGUGCUCGUUCUGUGUUGGACUGGUCGUGCCCCUGGCAAUGGAGCCAAGAACAAUGUGCCAGAAAAUCCCAUCUGUUCUACGCAAGACUUUUUGUUUUUGGCUCAGGUUUGACUCUGAGUGUUGGUGAAAGGCCCGAUGAAGCCUGGCACUGCACUGUAGGGGCUUACCAGCAGAAUUCUACCGUGACCCACCGACCCAGCCACGACAGGACCAGUUUGGACUUUUCCCUCAGUUCUGCAGAAGAACAGAAUUUCUCCUCCCCCUCUUGCACAGAUGAUAUAUUUCCUCACGCUGCCCUGUGAAUGUUGAAAAAGGCCAUUUCCAUUAAACACACGUACAAGCCCACCUAUGACUAUGUGCCUGGCGAAGCACAUCUGAGGUCAAUCUGAGUUGGUCUGGAGUAUGGACUCUCUGUUAUGAUACAGCACUUAUUCCCCAGAGUGUUUGAGCUUAAGCUUAAAUCCAUGCAGGCCUCCAGGAGGCUCGUGCUACAUGACGACUGGAAAUACAACACUUCCUUUCUCUCUUUCUCUAACUCUGGCCAAAUGUAAAGAGCGCCUGAACCUGCUAAUAGAGUUCACUUUAUGAAUGCCUCACUCUGUGAAACGCGCGCGCACACACACACAAAAAAAAGAGUAAAAGAUGUGAUGUUUCGUCAUACACUGUAAUCACCAGGUACUACUGGGCCAGCUAUGUUUUUAGAGCAGAAUGAUUCCGUUAUGAAACAUGAUUCAUCCAUUUUGGGUUGAGGAGGGCACUGGUGAUUUUGCAGAAAACAGUGAGAUCAAAUCUGAUUCCUCAGUUCAUGGGAGCUCGUCACAGCAGAACCCGGAGUGACCUUGGAGCCACGGUUGUGCCCACGUUGUCAUCCAUUUCUGGGACUCAAAUGCAAAACGGUCGGGCAGAUGUUUUGUCAUGUUUUCCAUAUGAAGCACUAGUGGUUCCGGCUGUGUGCUGUCCUCCGUGUCUCUGGCUAAGUCCAGUGCACAGGGGGCAUCGGCGCACCGAAGCUUCAGGAAUUGACGAGAAUGUUCUGAUUUGUUAGACAGUGGUUGCCAUUGUAGUGGUCAUUAAUCCAAAGGUUAUCCUGCCUUUUGUCUGUUAUUGCCGCAGUGUUCAUUUUGUCAUGUUUUAUCAAAAAGAGCUUGUUUUCCGUUGCUCAAGGGGGACCACACCAUUCCUAACACAUGAAUUAAAUCACAGACAUAAUUCAAACAUGCAACAGUAGCUACUUGUUGCGUGUACUCAGAGAUUGCUAUGAUGGCUCCAGCUGCAGGUGGUUUGUCUGCUUGUUCUUCCCGUCUUGAAGGAGGAGAUAAUUCAUGUUUCUGACUGCGUUCAAACAGCCACAUGUCCUUAACUUAUAACGGCAAACUUCCACUAACGAAAUGUGGGCUGGUGGCCACCCGCCUCUACCAAACAGUACAAGUACUGCCCGAAAACAGACUAAAACUUCCAUUAAGGUGUUCCAGACAACCAAAUCUGCUCUGUUUCUGGUUUCAGUGUUGUAGUCUCUCAUUUGCCGAUCAGAGUCCCUGGUUAAUCACACGGCCAAUUGCAGCCUCUGGCCAAAGCCAAGCACUAUAUGACUCAACACAAACCACUGACAGAGGAGCUCAUUCAGCUAUUCUUGUGUUUGCACACAUACGGCGAGGAGUUGGGUCUAUCAUGUUUGCAGACUGUAUAGGCUACUGUUGUGUACAGUUAUAAAGACGUUCUUUCAGAUGAUUUGCAGAUGUUGGGAAAUGGAUCCAGGAUUUUAAAGGGUGGGGUCAAUGCACAAUGAACAUAUCCCAUGUCACAGUUUGGUCUAAAUCCCUUUACCAUCCCCAUAUGAGAUAAUAUGUUGUAUCUUUCAAAAAUAUUUUAUCUGUGGCGUGUGUGCGUGUGUGUGUGUGUGUGUGUGUAUAUAUAUAUAUAUAUAUGGUUUGUUAUAUAUGAUGCUCCUCCUUUCAGAAAAAUAUAACAUGUAAACAGGAAAAACAUAUUGCUGUUUUUUUUCCUUUGUAUUUUAUACUUACAGAAAGCAUUGAAUAAAAUGGAUAAAUACUUGCACUUUAGAUAUAUUAAGAAGAAUAAAAAUCUGCAUAUUAUUUUUGAUAGGGAUCUCACAUUCAAAGAGUAUAAACUACAGGCUUUGUGUCUAUUGCUGGACAGAGAUGUAUUGAGUUCUACUUAUUGAAGUAUAUUUUGUCUGUGUGUCAGAAGGUUUACUAAAGUAAAUUGCAUGAUAAAGUAGUGCUACACCGAUAUUGUUUUUUUUUUUAGUUGGUAAAAAUUGUCUGAAAACUGUGAUAACAACCCUCCUGUAUCAUGUUUAACCUCUCCUCAGCCCUUCUAGAAUAUUUCUUACUGAAAUAUGGCCUUUCCUGACUACAUGACGAUGGUGCUUACUUUGGCUUUGACAUCAAGCUCAUCCUAUUCAUCUCAACAUCAUCAUAACUCGCGUCCUCACAUUUCAUUACUUUCUGUUGUGUACUCUCGCUACCUUAUUAAAAUUUACGUUGAUGGCAAAAGAAGGUGUGCUGUUUUGUACAUUGCUGUUUGUUUUAAUGUUGGGGGAGCCUUGUUGUCUGAAAAAUGACUAAUCGCGCAAUAAAGUCAUUCCACAUGU